UACCCUAGAUCAUGCUGUGGAUCAAAACUGCCUUUGGAUACCUUUCCUGUAAUAGUAUCAACAUUAAAUUCACCAAUGCGCAGGAUACCUGGCAGAAGAUGAAGAAAGGAAAAUAGAGAUCACGAUUCAAUCACUUCCCCGUCGCUCAUUUCCCGUUUUCCGACAUAAAUGAAUUGAGAUGAUUUUUCGCUGUUCACUCGACUUAUCAACACUAUCAUCCGGAAGUAUAUAAAUUUUCAACAUAUGCUUUAAAAUCAAGUGGAAAAAUAAAUUCUACAAAUUACAUAAACCGCAUUUGGAAUCAAGGUAUACAUAUAUUGUGAAAAAUGUCAAUGAGGAAACAAGGUGUUUAAGAAAGUACAAAAUUGAACAAUAGGACGAAAACAACUGUUUGUUGUUAUCAUUGAAAGCUAUUUACACAGUGAAGGGAAAAUCAGCAUGAAGAACUAAUAUGGAAGAUGGUGAUAUCUAUGAAAAUGUUCCUAAAGACAAGAGUUCGAGCCAAGCAGAAAAUUCGAGAGGUGUUCACGGGGGGUAUAUUCUAAUGACAGACAAGAGAUGUAUGAAAUGUCAAUUAAAUGCCAAUCCGAACAUAAAAUGUAAAUGCCAGGAGGUUGCAGGCAGUAGAGAGAGCAAUAAAAUACCCCAGUGUGAAGAUUAUGAAAACAUGAAAGUAACAAGGAUCAGGAAUAUGGAAAAACUUGAGACAUUAAAAAAACAAGCACUGGAGAAAGAAGCCACUUUGACCAAUAAGGGAGAAAUGCGAAUAUACGACAACCCGGUAGAGGAAAACUCGCAAUGUGCUUGCUGUGUUAUUUUGUGACCAAAAUUCACAUUUCAGAGAUACUGGUUCUAUGAACCCCACAAAUGUGUUCAAAAACUAGAUGUCAAAUAAUAUUUAUGUGGCGGAGUCAUUUUAGGUGCUCUACAUGUCUUUUUUUAAUUGACUGUACAUGAAAUUUUCUUAUUUGCUUGAAAUAUGUAAUUAAAAGGGUUGUAGUGAGAGAUAAGCUAUCAAAAAUAUUGAAAAGCAUGUGACCAAAAUGUUCAAAAUAUAGUUUGAAUCUUCAUGAAAAGGAAUAGAAAUGCGGAUAUGAUUGUAUAUAUGUCCAUAUGUGUUUGAAGAAUGUAAGUAUGUGUUGACAGAUUCACCUGUUUUAUUCCAAUGAAGCGGCCACGCAACGCUUUAGUCGCUUACAUCCUCAAUAGAAACCACUUUCUCCAAGAGUUGAUCAAGAGUUUAAAUCUAUAACGAGGAACAUCUCAAAAUUCAAACUUUGACCCACACAUCUAUUGAUAAUUGAUGCUUCAAUAGAAAAUGAUUUAAUUUUGUUUGUUCUCACCAAAUGAUUCUAUAAAUAGUUUAAAAAAUUAAGAGGACUGUAUGCUAGUAACUAAACAUAUCGAACUUUGAACAUAUUAAUUAAUAUCAUUACUAGAUUUAAAGUUACUCUUGUUUAAUGUCGAUCAUUGAUUUAUGCAUUUGAGUUUUUUAAUUUUAAAAUCUGCGUAUAUUAUAGUGUGGACAAUUAUUGACUGUAAGCUAUUGUACGUGCGAUUAUUUUUUUUUUCGUUUUUUUGUUUUGUGUGUGUGUAUGUGAAUUGAAUAAUUACAGAUUUUAUCGUGCACGUUAUUGAAAAUCUUCAAUGGAAGGU